GAAUUUUUGGGGUGAAUUUUGGGAUUUUUGGGUGGAAUUUUUGGGGUGAGUUUUGGGGAUUUUCAGGUGGAAUGUUGGGGUUUUCGGGUGGAAUAUUCGGGAUGAAUUUUGGGAUUUUCGGGUGGAAUUUUUGGGGUGAAUUUUGGGAUAUUCAGGUGGAAUUUUUGGGGUGAAUUUUGGGAUUUUCGGGUGGAAUUUUUGGGGUGAGUUUUGGAGAUUUUCUGGUGGAAUUUUGGAAUUUUUGGGUGGAAUUUUUGGGGAGAAUUUUGGGAUUUUCGGGUGGAAUUUUUGGGGUGAAUUUUGGGAUUUUCGCGUGGAAUUUUUGGGGCGAAUUUUGGGAUUUUCAGGUGGAAUUUUUGGGGUGAGUUUUGGAGAUUUUCUGGUGGAAUUUUGGGGUUUUCGGGUGGAAUAUUCGGGAUGAAUUUUGGGAUUUUCGGGUGGAAUUUUUGGGGUUAGUUUUGGGAUUUUCGGUUGGAAUUUUUGGGAUGAGUUUUGAGGACUUUUGGGCUGAAUUUUGGGGUGGUUUUUUUUUUAUUUUUUGGGGAUUUUCAGACGCCAAGGGUCUGUCGAACCCGUCCGAGGUGGAGCUGCUGAGGGAGAAGGUUUACGCCUCGCUUGAAUCGUACUGCAAACAGAAAUACCCCGAGCAGCAGGGCAGGUUCGCCAAGCUGCUCCUUCGGCUGCCGGCGCUUCGCUCCAUCGGCCUCAAGUGCUUGGAGCAUCUUUUCUUCUUCAAACUGAUCGGGGACACCCCCAUCGACACCUUCCUCAUGGAGAUGCUCGAGGCUCCCCAUCAGCUCUCCUGAACCCCCUCCCCAAAAAGAGAAAAGAAUUAAAAAUAUCGCAGCGUUUGGAUAUUUCCCAUCUCCCGUCAACGGCCCCCUUCGGGAAAAAAAUAAAUCAAUAAAGGAAGAACAUUUUCCAAAAAAAAAUAGAAUUUAAGUAUUGAUUGGUUAAAGGAAAUGUAAUUGGUAAUUGUU